AUGUCUUCUCUCCAGGCUGUCAAGUACACUCGCGGUCAGCUCCAGGUCCUUGACCAGCUCCGUCUUCCUCACGAGUUUCACUACGAUGAAGUCUCCAACCGAACAGAGGCUUUCGACAGCAUCGCAACCAUGCGAGUCCGAGGUGCCCCUGCCAUCGCCAUUGUUGCAGCUCUUGGCUUGGCUGUGGAGCUUCAGAAUGGAAGUGUCACUGCUUCAGACGCCGAGGGCACUAUCUCCCAGAUUGAAGAGGCUCUCGAUUACCUCAAGGAGAGUCGACCUACUGCUGUUGAUUUGACCAACGCUAUCAACCAACUCAAGGCAACAAUCAGAUCAGUUGGAAGUACUGCUUCAAAGGACCAAGUUAUCACUGCUUUCAUCGAGGAGGCUGAGAAGAUCUUUGAGAAGGAUCUCCAGACCAACCUCUCCAUUGGCGACCAUGGUGCUGAGUGGCUUCGAUCACAAGCUGGUGCCUCUUCUGACAAGAAGAUCUCGGUCCUUACUCACUGCAACACUGGAUCACUCGCUACAUCCGGUCACGGUACCGCCCUGGGAAUUAUCCGAACUCUCCAGUCCAAGGACCUUCUUCAGCACGCUUUCUGCACAGAGACUCGCCCUUACAAUCAAGGCAGUCGACUCACUGCUUUCGAGCUAGUCUUUGAGAAGAUUCCCAGCACUCUGAUCACAGACUCCAUGGCCGCAUCUCUCUUCCGCACCCGAAAGCAAGAGAAGAACAUCGCUGCCGUCAUCGUGGGUGCCGACCGUGUUGUUCGCAACGGUGACACAGCCAACAAGAUCGGUACAUACCAACUCGCUGUUCUGGCCAAGCAUCACGGUGUCAAGUUCAUCGUCGCUGCCCCUACCACCAGCAUUGACUUGGAGACCGAGACUGGCGACGGUAUCAAGAUUGAGGAGCGAAAGGCGGAGGAGCUUACGCAAGUGACUGGAGCCGUCAUCAAGCCCGAUGGCUCUGUGGAUGAGAGCAGCAAGGUGCGAGUUGCUACCGCCGACCAGCGAAUCAACGUUUGGAACCCUGCUUUCGACGUUACACCCGCCGAGCUCAUCGACGCCGUUGUCACCGAGAAGGGCGCCAUUGAGAAGGGACCAGAUGGCAACUUCGAUUUCAGCAAGAUCCUGCCAGAGCGAUGGGCCAAGAUUACCGGCGCUUAA